CAUGUCAAUUGCAGGGCCAAAGUUGAAUACCUUUUCAGUUUUAAAUUCCAAUAAAAAACACAUAAAAUUAGGAAAAAAAAAAAAAAACUGUUACUCCUCGCGGAUGACCACCAAAGGCGCUCACGCGCAUCUAAUGCACGUGGCUUCAACUCUUUUUACUUUCUGAACUCAAUAGAAACAAAAAAAAAAGAAAAUUAUCUCAUUUGAAGCAAGAAUUUUGAAAGAAAAGAAAACUGCAACAAGAAAGGUAUUCGUUUUUGCUUUUUAUUUUUUCCUUUUCUGUAACAUAUGCAAACGGUAAAUCUGCCUCAAUCUUUACCAAUGAACGCGCCUUUUGGGGGGCCCAGCGCGUCGAGUCCAAUUGUCGCCGGAGCUCCGGCGAAUAAGGAUCGGAAAAUGGCAUCGGCGGAGCAUUUGGUUCUCGAUCUGAGCAACCCUGAUCUCCGAGAAAACGCUCUUCUCGAACUAUCUAAGAACAAGGAAUUAUUUCAAGAUUUGGCUCCUUUCGUGUGGAAUUCUUUUGGUACUAUAGCUGCACUCAUACAGGAGAUAGUUUCAAUUUAUCCUGUUCUCUCACCACCAAAUCUAACUCCAGCUCAAUCAAAUCGAGUUUGUAAUGCCCUUGCUCUACUGCAGUGUGUAGCUUCUCAUCCAGACACAAGGAUGUUAUUCCUAAAUGCUCACAUACCCUUGUAUCUGUAUCCUUUCCUUAAUACUACAAGUAAAUCAAGGCCUUUUGAGUACUUGAGGCUUACUAGCUUAGGUGUCAUUGGUGCCUUGGUGAAGGUUGAUGAUACUGAAGUUAUUAGCUUCCUUCUUUCGACUGAGAUAAUCCCACUAUGCCUGCGCACAAUGGAGAUGGGCAGUGAACUGUCGAAAACAGUUGCCACUUUUAUAGUUCAGAAGAUUCUAUUAGAUGAUGUUGGCUUGGACUAUAUUUGCACUACUGCAGAGCGGUUUUUUGCAGUUGGUCGAGUUUUAGGAAAUAUGGUUGCAGCACUUGCUGAGCAACCCUCUUCACGACUAUUAAAACAUAUUAUUCGAUGUUAUCUUCGAUUGUCUGAUAACCCAAGGGCUUGUGAUGCGCUAACAAGUUGCCUUCCAGAUAUGUUACGAGAUGCCACCUUUAGUACUUGUCUUCGUGAAGAUCAAACCACUAGGAGGUGGCAGCAGCAGUUGCUUCACAAUGUUGGGGUGAAUCGGGUGCCAACUCUUCAGGCUGGUGGAGGAUUCGAUCACAUGCUGGUUAACUGAAUAUCGUACAAACUUCUUUACAUCACUGCCCAUCUUUUCCAAAUUGAAAGCUGGUUGCAGCUGGCAGGUAGUCGUAAUCCUUUAUGAUUUUAUCUAAUUAGAUUUUUUUUUUUUGGUGUGUAUGUUAAUUUAAUUAGUUGUUGUAAUUAGUGAUUUGUCCUUAAAAGAAAUGCGGUAGUGUGAGAUUUAAGCUUGGUUUAGGGUGAAGGAGUGAUGCUGGUCGGAUCAUUCUGAGUAUUUUGAAUCUGAAUUGUGUACAUUUAUUCAACUAAUUUUCAUGUAUAAUGAAAUAAUUAUCAGGCUGCGUGGAUCAAGAAUAAAAAAUGAUCAGGCUGCUCAUUGGUCUUGCUUGAUAAUAGCUCUUGCCUCUAA